AUGAUGCAACCACAAAUUAUCCUUCUCAAGGAUGGUACCGAUUCUUCUCAGGGCAAGGGUCAGCUCCUGUCCAAUAUCAAUGCCUGCUUGGCUGUCGUCGACACCGUCAGGACUACGCUCGGCCCCCGCGGCAUGGACAAGUUGAUCGUCGAUGAGAAGGGCACUGUCACAAUCUCCAACGACGGUGCUACGAUCAUGAAGUUGCUCGAUAUUGUUCACCCUGCCGCCAAGACCCUUGUUGAUAUCGCCCGCUCUCAGGAUGCCGAGGUCGGAGACGGAACCACCUCGGUCGUUUUGCUUGCAGGAGAGCUUUUGAAGGAGAUCCGUUCGUACGUGGAGGAAGGCGUCAACCCCCAGGUCAUCAUCAAGGGUUACCGUCGUGCAGCCCAGCUGGCCAUCAACAAGGUCAAGGAGAUCGCCGUCUCUGUCGAGAGAAAAGACGAGGCAGAGUUCCGUUCGUUGCUCGAGAAGUGCGCCGCCACCGCGAUGUCCUCAAAGUUGAUUCACUCCCAGACAGAAUUCUUCACAAAGAUGGUCGUCGACGCCGUCUUGCACUUGGAUCAGGAGGAGCUGGAUGAGAACUUGAUCGGAAUGAAGAGAGUCACUGGAGGCGCUAUGCAGGACUCGCUUUUGAUUGAUGGUGUCGCGUUCAAGAAGACCUUCUCCUACGCCGGAUUCGAGCAGCAGCCCAAGAGCUUCAAGAACCCCAAGGUCUUGUCCUUGAACGUUGAGUUGGAGCUGAAGGCCGAAAGAGACAACGCCGAGGUCCGCGUCGAAGCUGUCGAUGAGUACCAAAAGAUUGUUGAUGCAGAGUGGAAGAUCAUCUAUGACAAACUGGAAGCAAUUGUUGCCACUGGCGCCAAGGUUGUCUUGUCCAAGUUGCCCAUCGGAGAUUUGGCCACCCAAUACUUUGCCGAUCGUGACAUUUUCUGCGCUGGACGUGUUCCCGCUGGAGAUUUGAACCGCGUUGUCCAGGCUGUCGGAGGAUCUAUCCAAUCGACCUGCACAGAUAUCGAGGAGAAGCACUUGGGUGUUUGCGAGACCUUUGAGGAGAAGCAGAUUGGAGGAGAGCGGUUCAACUUUUUCCAGGGCUGCGCUCAGGCCAGGACCUGCACGUUGAUCUUGAGAGGAGGUGCUGAGCAGUUCAUUGCUGAGGUCGAGAGAUCGUUGCACGAUGCUAUUAUGAUUGUCCGCAGGGCGAUCAAGAACUCGUUGGUCGUUGCAGGAGGAGGAGCUACCGAGAUGGAGGUUUCCAAGUACCUCCGCGAUUACUCCAAGACCAUUGCCGGAAAGCAACAGUUGAUUGUUGGGGCUUUCGCCAAGGCCCUCGAGGUGAUUCCCCGCCAGCUUUGCGACAAUGCCGGUUUCGAUGCGACUGACAUCCUGAACAAGUUGAGGAUGAAGCACGCUGAAGGCGAGAUGUGGUGCGGUGUCGAUAUCGAGUCCGAGUCGAUUGCAGAUAACAUGAAGGCUUUCGUCUGGGAGCCCGCACUGGUCAAGACCAACGCCAUGGCUGCUGCCACCGAGGCUGCCUGCUUGAUCUUGUCUGUUGACGAGACUGUCAAGAGCCCCCAGAGCUCCAACCCAGCCGCCAAUGCUCGCGGAGCACCCCGUGGCCGUGGUCGUGGUGUCCCUCGCCGUUAA